AUGUCGUAUAUGAAAGGCGCUGUGUCGUGGUACCUGGUCUUCUCAGCUGCCUGCCUAUCGUGGUCUCCCAGAAUCCCUCCACUGCGCCUUCCUGUUUCGUCUGGACCACCGGACCUUGCUGCUCCAUUGAAGCUUCAACGCAACGCUCACCUCCGUGGAUGCGUACAGUGCUUUACUGCUUCGCUUCUGUUGUCUGAACUUGCGUGGACAUCUACACAUCGCCUGGCUUCAAUUGACCUCUUGAUUACUUCAUCUUUCUCCAACGAAGCAAGCUUCUCAUCUCGUAUCCAGACCCUUUUGUCGUCAGCCGCUGCUUGUGUUCCUCUGCACAAGACCGGCCGGAUGCCAUACACUGCGCCGUUGAAGACGUCGCCUUCUACGCUGCAUAUUGAACAUUCUGACCUGAGCACCCCUCCAUCUCCAAGCUCACCCAACGUGGCCGACCCGGAUGCAGACAACCUAAACCUCCCCCCAUCUUACUCUUCCGCCUCCUAUGUCCGUCGGCACCGGCGGUCUCCAUCUAACAGCAAGUCAUUUGUUUUUCCGGCACCUGACAACAGCUUCGAACAAAGCCGGAACACAGAUGUCUUUGCUAGCCUUAGGCAGUCGCCUUCGCCUGUGAACGAGGGGCCAAUCCCCCCUGGAGCUCUCCUGUCGCCUCCGGAGUCUGGCCAGAACUCUAGUGAUGAAGAGUCGAGUAGCCCAGCGAGGGAUGUGUUGAAGCUGGAGGAGUUGGAGGCGGCUGUGCGGUCAAUAGAGCAAAGGCGAAGUGUAUCUCCUGAAAGAAAACCUUCAGAGGAUAUACUUCCGGCAAGAAGUGAGGAACAGGCGGGAACUUCCCCAGCGAGACCUCGCCGUCCUUCUCUGACCCACGAUAACCGCCUUAUCUCUCGCUCUCGGUCAUUCGUCGAAAAGUCAGCCCACCGGAACCCAGAAGAGGCGGUCACCAGUUCUCCAGAGGACAGUGAUCGUGAUGUUGACCCUGAACCAAGAUUACCAAUGGUGCGCAAGAAAUCUGGCGAGCUUGUUAGGCCUGCGUUACGCCCAUCAUCUCGUCGACGGCCGUCUAGCAUGCCCGGGACUCCCACAUAUUCCAAGGCGGUCCACUUUGAUGCUCAGUUGGAGCAUAUCCGCCAUUUCUUGCAGCUUGACAAGCCCCAAGCCGUCAGUGCCGGUUCAUCACCGGUGGAGGAUUUGGAAGCAGACUCCGAAUACCCUUUCCAUUCCGACUCGUCGAGCUAUCCUGCUUUUGAAUGGGGACUUCGGCUAUCUAACUUUCCCCAUAAACCACCAUCUCACCCACACCCACGUGUUCGCCUUGAGCGCCUGUUUCUUUCGACAGACAAGCACUCUCUGGUUGGCCAAGUGGUGGUCGCUAACCUCGCUUAUCAGAAACAUGUUGCAGCCCGCUUCACGUUUGAUAACUGGAGAACCACUUCGGAAGUAACGGCGGAGUACAGCCAUGAUGCUCGACGAAAGCAGCUACACGAUGGUUACGAUCGAUUCAUGUUUCAUAUUAGGCUUGAUGAACAGACAAACCUGGAUAAGAAAGACAUGUUUGUCUGUAUCCGGUAUAAUGUAAAUGGCCAGGAGUUUUGGGACAACAAUGAGACGAGGAACUAUCAGGUCAAUUUCACCAAGAUCCCCAAGCCGAAGGCUCAAACCCAAGAUAUGCCUCGCGCACGUCCUCGGCCGAAUCUGCCUCGAAGCAGGAGUUUCACUGGAUCUGGUAGUCGCCCUCUCUCAAUGCCUUCUUCUCUGAAGGAUUUUUCCGACAUGCAUCGGUACAUAUCGUUCGGUCCUCCUCUCAACGAUCGAAAGGAGAAACCUGUUGAUGACGAUGAUGUGCCUCACGAUUCUGAGAGCCCUGUCCCUAUACGCCGCGACAAGCAGUCGCAUCAGGUUUUUGGCAAUCGCUAUGAUUUCGAGUCGUCACUAUCCGCCGCUAUGCGUAAGAAACCAGAACAUGACCGCACAAUGUUGACCACCCGAGCCAAGUCUGGAGCUCCUGCGCCGCGGUCUGAUGCACGAAGUAUAUCGCCUGUCCUCCAGCUCGCUCAAGCGAGCCCUGAGAAGCCAUCUUCGAUGCUGUCAAGCAAGCCAAACCGUGAAUCCUCCGUGUAUCAAGAACUUGUGGAUCGAUACUGCUUCUUUGGUUCUCCAGCCUCAUCCCCGAAACUCAAUCACCCGCUCAAAGUCAAUGACUCUGGGCCCGCCACCAGUUCAUCUUCGCCGUCGUCACCACCAAGCUAUUCCCCAAACGAGAGUGUAGCUGAAGGGUCACGAAGUCUACCAGCGUCUCCGCCGACCUACUCAUAUAAUUAUUUCGAACCCAUGCAAGAAAGACUCUUCAAAGAAACGCAAACGCCCGCGAUGAUAAGCGGAUGAGCCACCGCUACCGCUAUUCCACUCUAUCCGUUACGUGUGAUCGCUCCACUUCGUCUUCAAGGUGGGCAAUACUACACCCGCAUUUCGUUGUAAUUUCAGUUCGAGUUUGUCGAGUUGCCCAAGCUACCUUACUUGGUAAACCGCAUUUGUAUCGUUGCUUGCGUCGGGAGUUGGGUUGCUGCUGCAUAGCAUGCAACCGUUAUCUUUAACGCAUUUUGCUUCAUCCGUGCAGUUCUACUUUCUUUUUCCCUGUUGCGCAUUCGGCUAGAACCUCUGCGAUGCACCAUAAACCGCGAGGUGCCAGUCUUUUGCCUUUUGUAUUGUUUACCUAAUUUCAUGUCUUAUGAGAUGGCUUGCGGCACACUGGACAUUUAUCGUGCGAUGUUUCAUUGCAGCCAACGCAAUUAUGUCAAGUGAUUGGCUCUCCCAUGAUAAUAAUGUUCGUGGGUGUUUCCUUUAUUUCUUACUUAGCAUUAUCUCAUCUCGCUCUGUUUCCGUUGUGGAUGCAUUUGGCCAGCCAGGUUUCUCAACGGCGUGCGUUGUCUGAGACUCAUUCCAUGUUCAAAAGCCCAAGUCUGGUUGUUAAUUUAGUCUGCUGAUUUGUUCUAUGCAUGGCGUUAGGAGGUUUUGUCCGUUCCUUUACGGUAUUUAUCUUGCUCGUUUUCUUAGGGAAGCGUUCGGUCGUUUAGCUGUAUUUACGGUUCAUUUCAUGGGAGUUUUGGGAUCAUAUCAAUUGCGACAGAUCGCAAUCACUACACAGAAACAGACUGAUUGAAUCAUCUUC